CCGGUCGAAAUGGUAGAGAAAUAUUCAACGUGGAUAGUGUGGUGUGAAAAGUUUUAUAAUAUCAUCGAUUCAAAAAAGCUGCUUGGCUGAAAAGACACGGUUCAAGACACAGGACUGUUUUGUUAAGACCACUUAAAGGAAAAACUCAGUUUUUACUAGAUAUGGCAAAGCCGACUGGUCAUUUGCUUAAGAGAUUGAGGCAGCUCAUGAAAAACACAAAUUAUGUUUCUGAGGCUAUCAGUGCAUACAUCAUACCAUCAGGGGACUCCCAUCAGAGUGAAUAUAUUGCACCAUGUCAUAUGAGAAGAGAAUUCAUCAGUGGUUUUACUGGCAGCACAGGAACUGCUAUUGUUACUGAAAACAAAGCACUGAUGUGGACUGAUGGAAGGUAUUACCUUCAGGCUGAAAAAGAACUUGAUGCCAAUUGGACCCUUAUGAAAGAUGGCUUACCAGAGACACCAACACAAGAAGACUGGCUAAGCAAGGAGCUCCCAGUUGGGGCAAAAGUUGGUGUUGAUCCAUACCUUAUCUCACUUGAUGCAUGGCGAAGAAUAAGCAAAAAAUUGCAAGGUAGUGGUAGGACUCUGGUUCGUGUGGACAGAAAUCUAGUGGAUCUCGUUUGGGCAGAUCAUGGACGCCCUGCAACUCCAUGCUCAAAUCUGAUUACUCUAGGCCAAGAAUUUUCAGGUAAAUCAUGGAAAGCCAAAGUUAGUGAAAUCAGAGGAAGACUUAAAGAGAAAGAUGCUUAUGGAGUUAUCGUUGCUGCUUUGGAUGAAGUUGCCUGGUUGUUCAAUCUAAGAGGCUCUGACAUCGAUUUUAAUCCUGUCUUCUUUUCCUAUGCAAUUGUCACCACUGAUGAUGUCAGCUUGUUCAUUGACGAUGCUCGUUUAAACAAUGGAAUAAAAGAACAUCUUUGUAUUGAUAAAAAAGAAGAGAGUGUGUUAAAAAUUUUUCCUUAUGAAAACAUUGACAAAGAAGUCAAAGAGCUCGCUGGUAAAGGAAAAAGAAUUUGGAUCAGCUCAAAAAACAGUGCAGCGUUGGCAAGCCUUGUACCAGAGGAAAAUCUCAUCACAGAAACGUCUCCAGUUUGUGUAGCAAAGGCUGUAAAGAAUGAGGUAGAAAUCGAAGGAAUGAGGCAAGCACAUAUCAGGGAUGCAGCUGCAUUGUGUAGAUACUUUGCCUGGCUAGAAAAUGAGAUACACAAGGGCUACUUGACUGAAGUAACGGCUGCAGACAAACUAGAGCAAUUUAGAAAAGAGCAAGAGCAUUUUGUCGGGCUAAGCUUCCCAACCAUUUCUGGAAGCGGGCCAAACGGAGCAGUUAUUCAUUACAGACCUGAAGCUGCCACAGCAAGAACACUAAGCCCAGACGAAAUGUACCUUUGCGAUUCUGGUGCCCAAUAUUUCGAUGGCACGACCGACGUCACAAGGACAGUGCAUUUCGGGACUCCUUCGCAGUAUGAAAAGGAAUGUUUCACAAGAGUUCUGAAGGGGAAUAUCCAGAUGGCAUCUGCAAAAUUUCCAAAGGGAACAAGAGGGCAUGUUUUGGACAUCCUAGCCAGGAAACCUCUAUGGGAUUGCGGUCUUAACUAUCUGCAUGGAACAGGCCAUGGCGUCGGUGCAUUUUUGAAUGUCCAUGAAGGGCCACAAGGUAUCAGCCCGAGGGUUUCAGAAGACGAACCGCUCAAACCUGGCAUGUUUGUUACAGAUGAGCCUGGGUAUUAUGAAGAUGGAAAAUUUGGAAUAAGGAUCGAAAAUGUCAUGUUGGUCAAGGAAGUUAAGCUUGAGCAUAAUUUCAAGAGUGUUGGGUUUUAUGGCUUUGAACAUAUAACCUUGGUUCCUAUUCAAACAAAGAUGCUUGUACCUGAAUUACUUACAAGCGAUGAGAUCAACUGGAUAAAUGAGUAUCAUUCCCUCUGUGUCGAAAAGGUUGGAGCGAAGUUACGGGAACAAAACCAUGGGAAUGCUGUUAAAUGGCUGUUGAAAGAAUGUCAGACACUUGGAUGAGUUAUUAAAGGAACUGAUAGAUAUGAGAAUAUUGUAAAAUUGGAGAGAAAUGACGGUGAUCAGUUGAUAUUGGAGGGAAAAAGUGGAUGCUUUUGAAUGUGUUUUAAUGACGAUUUGAAAAAAGUGUAAAGAACGGUUUCGUAUUAUGUAAAAAUUAGUUUAGAACUGCAUCAAGACAAUAUUAGUUAGAGGAAAAUGGGUGUACAUAAAUUAAUAUUUUCCUAAACCGUUGCAAGUCAAGAGGAAAUUAUUUGAAACUGGUUUUACUAAAA